GCUGAUCCAUGCAUACGCGUGUAUACCAUUCACAAAAUGUACAUCAGUACAUGCAAUCACAUGAUUACAAAUUUACAAUGGAUUUUUGUUGUUGAUUACAAUGGAUUUUUAAUCGUAAUUUUCUCUAUGUUUUAAUCGCUAUAAUUGCCGGUUUGGAUUAUAGACUGGGUUAGACUAGACCGCUGGAUAUUUUUCUUAAUUGCAUUUUUAGACCGCUGUUUUUUUAGAAAUAGACCGCUGGAUUUUCUUUCUCAGGUUUAGAUUAGUUUCUGUAAAGCAUUUCGUAUCUGAUUUGAAAUAUUCUCAAGGUUUCGUUAUUGUAUAUCUGAUUUUUAUAUUAAUAAAAGACCUGUAAAUAUUAUUUAAAACAUACACUAACUAUUUUGAAAAUGAAUUUUCGCCUAAAGCCAAUUAUAUUUGAACAAAUCAAUUUGAACCCAAAAAAACAUUUCAAAGAAUGUGAACUCAUAUCUCAUACUCAUAACUCAUUCAAAUGUGUACUAGUAUCUCCAAAUUAGAUCCGCUAUCCUUAUAAGAUGGGAGCUGUGAUUUAUUCACUUGAAAUUUGUCAUGACUUUUAGCUAUGACUUUCUUAAGGGACUUUCUUAGCUAUUAACGUUGGAUGCGGAGGGAGAGGAGACAACACGUGAGUUCGUAGAUCUGACAGUUAAAUAAAAUAGUCUUCUUUGACAAAUUUGUCGACGACUUCUUUGACGUAAGAAUGCUUUAAUGCAAGCAGGGACGGAUCCAGAAUAAAUAUUUGUAUGAGGCACAAAUAAAUAACAUAACAAAAAAUUAAAAUAAUUAUAAAUAAAAUUACAUUUAUGCAACUUUUAUUUGGAAAAAAUAAACUUAUAACUAUUUUAAAUUCUGAUUUUUUUAAAAAAUUAAUAAAAACUAUUUUCAUUAAUGUGUAGAUUUCUUUAAUUUAAAAUGGUUUUUGACCUUAACCAGUGGUGGUAGUUCAGUGGCGCUUGAGGGAUUAAACCCAAUACGACGAACCCUGGUUCGAACCCCGCUGGCCACACGGAUAUGGGCUAUUGCUUUCGGCUCAUUUGAAUGCCCAGGAGAGGGUCUAUCCGUGGGCUGUACCUCCACCCGGGGAUUAGGUCUGUGUCUUUAAUAGACCCGGGUUUAACCCUUUUCAGUUCAAAAAAAAAAAAUGGUUUUUGACCAACAUAUAUAGUAAUAAAAUAGCUUCAUAUAAAAUAUGAUUCUAAAAUAUUAAUUUAUUAGAUUCUCAAAUAACAUAUUGACAAAAAAUGAGAGAUAAAGAGAUGUAUAUUGAAAAUAUAAAAUGUAACAAGUAGAAAUUAUAAUAUAAAGAUGAAGGAAAAGAAAAUAUGAGAUAUGGCUAAGAGAAAAUGAUAAUAAAAAUAAAAAUGUGAAACACAGGACUCAUGAACGUGGGUGGGAAUUGAACUCUAAUUCCUAAGGGCUAUUGAUAUCACGGGCAAUCAACAAACCCAAUGGACCAGCAACAACUAUUACGGUAUUACCUCCGGAAAGUAAAAUAAUCAGUAUGGGGCACAUGCCCCACUCUUGCUUAACGUGGAUCUGCCCCUGAAUGCAAGUGUAUUAAAUAAGAGGGCAUCGAUCGUUAUGUAUUACUCCCUCUCUCUGUUUCUUAUACAUAAUUUUUUAGAAAAAAAAUUGUUUCAAAAAAAUAUAUAUUUUUAUAAUAUCAAUACAUUAAUUAAUGAAAAAUUGUAUUUUUCAAAAAAUACAAUUAUGUUUAAACAAUGUAUUUUUUUUUGCUAACCGAGUAUCUUGGCCCUAACGAGGUGGUCUAGACUAGAGACCGAAGUGAGCAUGGACGCUGCCAGGGCGUCACCAUGUGGCUCACCGUGUAACGGUCUUCGGUCUCGGAUGCUGCAGCCCUUAUGUAAAUUCUGUAGUGGCCAAGGUUCGAACCCAAGGGCGGACACUCCAGCUGGAGUUCUUAUACCACUAGACCAAAGCAACUUGGUUAAAAAUACAAUUUAAACAAUGUAUUGAAAAAUACAAUUUUAAAAGUUAAAAGUUAUUGGGAAUAUUUAAUUAAAAAAACAAUAUUCUUAAUUAACUAUUCUCAAUCUCAUUAGUUAAAAGUUAUUGGAAAUAAUUAAUUAAAAAAAACAAUGUAUUGAAAAAUAUAAUUUUAAAUGUUUUCUUAAUAAGUGUGAAAAAACUAUAACAUCGAUUGGAACGGAUGAAAUAUUUAUUAUUGUAAACAAUAAUAAUGGGGUAUGAUUAUUGAAAUACAACUUUGCUUUUUAUCUCCACAAUAACUUUUUUUUCCUUUUUGUUUCUUCUAAAAGUAUCCAUUUUUUAAGACUACAAUUUCUUUUAGAUCAGAAAAAGUUUGUGCAAACAUAGCGUUAAGCAGAGCAAAAGAAGGUAGAAGUUAAUUAAGUUAUGCCCUUUUACAAAAAAAAAAAAAGGUUAAUUAAGUUAAAAUCCAGAACUUUGGCCAACUUUAGCCAAGUUCAACGCGUCCACCAUGAUUUUCACGACCGUGAUUAAUAAAUGUCAAUCUAAUACUCCUGUUCCUAUUGUUCCUAAAUAUAAGAGGUUUAGAUAAAAAUUCAUAUAUUAAAAAGACUAUUUUUUAUCUAAAAAAUACCAUUAAAACUAUAAAUUAAUUGUAUUCAACCAAUUAUAAAAUAGACUAUUAAAAUAUGAUUAGAUACACAGUUUUUAAUAAAGUAAACGUUACCUAAAAAAAUAUAAACAUCUUAUAUAUUGGAACAUCAAAAUUCUGUAAAACUUUAUACUUUUAGGAACAUAGGGAGUAGAUAAAUAAAAGCUCGCAUUUUAUAAAAAUGUAUCCCUAAAAUCGGAUAUAAGUUGCACUGCAGAACACUUGUAUUUUUUUAUAUUUACAAAGAGUUUCCUACAUCGUAGAUUCAGACUAGCUACGUAGUAGGCUUAGAGUCUUUAGCAACCGUUUUGGAUCAGGCCACGUGUUGAUCUACUCGGACCGGAAAACCCAUGUGAAAGCUUUGAUGGCCAGUGCGAAUCGACUUCGGAACCAUACUUGCAGCCGCAAGCUGUAUACCACUAAACUAACUCGUCCUGGUUUAUAGACAACUAACGUUAUACGUUCUAAACAAAGGUUUUUAAAUGUGUGUAGCUUAGAGAGAUAAUUUAGUUUCACAAGUACGUGCAUUUAACUAAAGAAGUAUUUUCUUUUGUUGUUCAAAAAAAAAGUGGAGUCCUAUGCUAACAGAUGAUAACUACGGAUUCACCAUAUUUUAUAUUUAAAAAAAGUUGGCUCCGGAUAAUAACAUUAUUUUCCAAAAUCAAGAACUUGAUUUUAGUUAGAGAUUUGAUCAUGCCAGCUUAACUGAAAAGUUAGCAAGCCCUCAAAUGUCAAUGAUAAAAAGUAAACGCAUCAUUAUAACCAGAUUUGGAUUUCAAAUUUAAUUUACCAAGUGGUACACUAGGCACAAAGAAAACUAAAUCAUGCAAAAAGCUCACUAGUUUUUUUUGCCUCCCUAAGCAUCUAGUUAACCAUCUUUCCCGUAUAUAUAUACGUAUUCACACACAUACCAUAUCACGAGCAAGCCUCUCUAUAGACUAAAUUAAUCCACAAAUCUUUGACAUGAUGAGUUACUACAUAGAUACCUUAUGUAUUAUUUCUCUCUUGUCUUGUCACUUCAUCACCUCUUCUUUUGCAGGACCAGUCCCAAACGUGGUGAGUGGUUCUCAGAAACUUAUCCCCACUCAAAUAUCAUCACGUGAUAGUAAAGUCUCACUAUCGAGCACAGUGAAGGGUCUCAGAUUACGUCCCCCGUCGUCUUAUUCUCUCAAAUUAGAGUCUUUCAGCACACUCAUGAAGUCUACCUACACCGAGAGAUAUGACUCACGUCCUUUUAGGGUCGGUAAAUACAACUGGACGCUUGUUGUGUACCCGAAGGGGAACAGGAACGAUAGUGGUACAGGGUAUAUUUCUCUAUAUGUCGCCAUAGACAGCUCUACUCUCACCUCUCCACGUCAAGUGGUUCCCGCAGAUCUUAGGUUUUACGUCUUCAACAAGAAAGAGAAGAAGUACUUUACGAUCCAAGAUUCCGAUGUAUGGCAAUUCACUAUAAACAAAACGAUGUGGGGGUUCCCUAGGGUACUUCCCCUUUCUACGUUUAGCAACCUGAAAAAUGGAUACCUUUACGAUAUGGACCAAUGCGAGUUUGGCGUUGAUAUCACCAUUCCACCGAUCUUUGAAAAGUCAGAACUUUUCUCGGUCGCCAAGAGUUUCCCAAACAAGAGAUUCACUUGGUUUAUUCAGGGAUUCUCGACACUGCCUAGCGAUUACCUAUCAGAGGAGUUCAUCAUCGGAGGAAUAAGUUGGAAUUUACGAGUCUUUCGAAAUGGUUUUGGCGCUCAUGAAGGCAAAAAUUUGUCGCUUUACCUUAACCUUGGGCCACAAGAGCUACUAAAAACUAAGCCUUAUGACAAGAUUUACGCUCGAGCCAUGCUUCGUGUUCCUAACCAAGGCCAGUCCAAUUAUAUCGUGCAACGUCCACUGGAUAACUGGUUCAGUCCACAGAAUAUUGGGUGGGGAUACGCUGACUUCAUGCCUCUUUCUGAUCUCAGAGAUUCAUCAACGGGUUUCGUUAGAAAUGAUAUGUUGGUUGUUCAAGUCGAAAUGGAGGCCAUUUCGACAACCAAGUACUUCCCUAGCUAGAAUACUACAUUUCUACCAAAUCAUAGUAUUGUAACAGUUAUAAUAAGCGAUAUAUACCGCAUUGCUGUUUUCUUUCGUGAAAUGAAAUAUUUUGUCUUGUGUGUUUUAAUUUUCUUUUUCUUAGAGCACGGUCUAACUUUAAUUUCAAUAAUUUAAAGAUUUACAAUAGCAUUUUUCCUAAUCCCCAUGUUUAGAAUACCUUUUGUUGUAUAUUAUGUAUCUGAUUUAAUACAUUGGAUAUUUUCUUGUGUAAUUUCCUUUUGAAAAUCGGAGUUAGAAUACACUAACUUUAUAUCUUGAAUUAAUUACUUGGGGAUUGUCUUAGCUCUACACUUUUUUUUUCUUUCUAGAACUCUACACUUUUUCUAAAGAGUGAUUCAUAGCUUUGCGCUUUUAGUUCGUCUAAGGACAUCUCUAAUCCCACUCUAUUUUCUACACUAAACUCUAUUAUAGAGUAAAACCUUUUCCAGUCACAUUCUAUAUCCCACUCUAAAAAAGUGUAAUUUUAUUUCUUACUCUAUAUUUGGAGUAACUCUAUUUCUUACUCUAUUAUAGAGUGGAACUCUUUAAUUUAUACUUUAGUCCUUUUAUUUUUCAAUCUUUUUAUUUUGUAACUAUUUAUUUAAUUUAAUUAUGCAAACAACACAUAAUUAUGUUUAACACAAUAUAUAUAAACAUUUAAAAUUUAUUAUUAUUAGCCAAAGAAAAUAGACACUAAAAUUUUAAAUUUUUUUUUUAAAAUUAGAAAAAAAAACAAAUACUAAAAUUAAAAAUAAGCAACUCAAAAUAAAAUUAAAACCAUAGAUAAUAAUGACUUACUUUUUGGUAAAUUGCUUCCAGAUCGAGCAAGAUUGUUAAAAUAUUGUCCAAAUGAGGUAAUCGAAUGAGUAGCUUCUUGUUCAUGUUGUUGACCACGUCUUUGUCUGUUUGUAAAAUUCGUGUUUGUUCCUCUUGAAAAUAUUCACGAACAUCUGAAUCUUGCUCUGAACUCAAGUCACAAACUAAAUAUUUUUUAAUGCAUGUAUAUGUAACUAAAAUAUAUAAAAAUAUAUUGGUGACCAAUGCAUAUGGAUUACAUGUAUAAUUUUAUACAACAUGAUAUGAGGAUGAAUUUGAUUUUAGCGCACCAACAAAAGUGGGAAGAGAAGUUCCACUUCCACAGAUUCAGACACGAAAGAAUGAUAAUAUUCGAUUUGAAGAGUUUUUUUGGUCGAUUUAGAAAAAAUCAAAGAUAAAAAAAAUUCAUUUCAUACUCUGAAAUGCGUUAAUUGAUCACUUGUGGGAAAUAUAUACUAAUGGAGAUGUUUAAGUUAAAAUGUAUUAUGUUAUUAAUAAAAUGUAAUGCAAACUCUAAUAUAAUAAAUGUUUGAUAUAAAUAUAUGAUUUAUGAAAAUUUUGUGAAAAAUAAAAUAUAAAGAGUCAAUUUGUAAAUUUUGUAAGUAAAAGAUAUUAGUUAUAAAAUUGAAAAAAUAUUUUUCGAGUCAAAUAUAGAGUAAACCGUUGGAGAAAAACUCUAAUCUAUUU